UUUUUUAUAAACACGUCAAUUGUUUAUAAAAAUUUUUUAACUUCUGAAAGCUUUUAACUUCUGAAAGUUGAAUAAUUUGUAUACACACGAACGAAUCGAAUUUUAUUUCGAAAUUACAAACGGAAUGAAAAACUUAUAUAUACCCAUCUGACGAUGGUGUAGGGUGAAAUUAAUUGAAGUGAAAUUAAUAUUGACUAAUGGCAACCCUGUUAAUGUUUUACAGUUGAAUAUUUGACAUUUCUUACAUAGAAUUGGUUGUUGUCUUUGAUAAGCUAAUCAUUCUUAAGUCAUAACCAACAUAUACAUACAUACAUAAUAAGAAGCAGCAUUUGUUAUGAAAUUGUGUAAACAACUGCCGGCUAAAAGUUUUAUUUUUUUCACUUUCAACUGCGAAAUUUACUGAAAAACAACAAACAUUUUAACGAAAAAAUCAAUUCUUACUAAAAAAAAGUGAAUUUAGUCUUUCAAGUAUUGGAGUGGGAAUUUUUAUUUUGUAUGCAUAUUUUUACUGCGUAUUAAAACUUGUACAAACAUUUUACAAAAAGUUAUUGUCGCGCCUUUGACGUCACACUUUGAAUUUUAAAAACUUCCUUUUUUUUUAGAAAAGUUUACCAUUCUGAAAUGUCCACAAAAUCGGCCCACUUGCAAGCCUUGUUUGCAAGACGUCGUGAAAACGAACAUAAUCGCAUUGAACGCACCGAAGCGGUUAAUAAAUAUUACGAUCAUUGGGGUAAAGUAACAGCCCGUUUUGAAAACUGGACAACACCCGAGUACUACAAGCAAGCCGAGCAACAAUUACAAACUACGCAGCAGCAAAAGGAGAAACAAAAGAAUUUGGCUGAAAGACAGCAAAAACUCUCACAACUGCUAGAAAUGGAAAAGAAAAACUAUGAGCAGGAGUUGCAAGAAAAGGAAAGAAAUAGGAAUCCACGAAGAAGUUUCGAUACCACGACCCUAGAGAAAAUCGAUGAAAAUUUAAAGGAACAACAGCAAAUGAGACGUAAAUUGGAGUUGGAGGCCAAACUUUAUGGUAAAUGGCGCCAUGGAGUGGAUGAUGAUAAUUUGUUAUUUGAAUCGAAGAGUGAUAAUGAAGUAUUGGCUAAACUUAAUUGGUUGGACAAACAGGUGGAUCAGCAGUUGCAGCGUGAGAAGGAGGAAGAGGCGGCUAAAGAGCGACAAAUAAAAUUACAGCAUGAACUCAAUAAAACUGAAGAGCUGCAAAAAGAGAGACAACUCAUUAGAGAGAAAGAAAUACGAGAAAUACGUUAUUUGCAAGAGUAUCACAUGGAUCAGCUAAGAGAACAGCAAAAAGAGACUGAUGAUCUAAAGGGAAAAGAAAAACAGUUAAAAGCCAAUUUAAAUGAUUUGGAAAAAGAACUGGAGUUACUAGAAGAAUCCUAUGCCUUUUUAAGUAAAGCAGUUGAUUAUGGUGAUGCUCAUAACUUUAAUAAGAUAAAGAUUUUCAUACGCAAGAGAUCAGAAGUAUUUCGUAAUCAAAUUAAACUUUGCAUGAGUAUUGUGGAAAGAUCUAUAGAUUUUGCUGAAAAACCACAAAUAUUAAAAAAUUUCAAGAGGGAGUUGGAGCAGCAAUUGGAAGCGGAACAUCAAAAACUUUCACAAAUUGAGGGCAUGUAUGAAUCCGAGGCCAAGUAUAAUCUUCAGUGUAACGAACAGACCUGGCAGCAAGAGCAUAAAGAACGUUACGAGAAACUGAAAGAGAUGCUAUUGGAGGAACAUCUUUUAAUAAAAACUUCAUUAAGUGAAAUAAUGCAAAGACAUGAAGAACUCUUGGAAAUACGGGCUACAAAUUUGGGAAUUAUUGAAAAUUCCAGUGAGAAAUUAAAGAUUUUAAUACAAGAGGAAGAAAAUUCGCCACGUUACCAAGCUUGCAAAUCCUUGGAAGCAGCUAAACGAGUGGAAUUUUCACCACGACAUCAUAGUACUAACAAUAUCAUACAUAGCCAGUUAGAGGAGUCAAACGAUACACCACUUUAUUCACCACGACGUUGUCCCUCUGUGAAAUCCUUGGAACUGGAAGAACCUCAUCACCAAGUGGACUUUUCCUCACGUCGUAAUUGUUAUGAGUCGAAUAAUAACAAUAUGUCACCUAGAAAAAACGACAUCAAUCAAGUUUCAAGAUCAUUUGCUAACUUAAACCUGGAUGUUUGGCAAAGUCAACAGGCUCAUCUUUCUCAGCGAGAUAUAGAAUCUCAAAAGACAAAUGCCCAACGUUCAUUACAAAUUGUCACACCCGAGACUGAAGCAGAACGACCAAGAUUUGGUCGCAAACGUGUGGCUUGGAAUUAGAAAGACUUGCAGUGCUUUGUCGAAAGAAAACAUUAGCAUUGCCUUAGCAUUUAGUAUAUUUUGGACUGAAUUUAGAAAAUUAGAUUAGUAGUUAUAUUUUCAUUAUUACAAAUAAAUACUCACUGCCUUGCCUGAGCUAAAUCAAAAAUCUUAACGAAGUUUUUGCUAAAUUAGUUUUAUUUAAAAUAAAAUAAUACAUGGCGUAAACAAUUUUGAACUAGAACUGAACUAGAACUGAACUAGAACUGAACUAGAACUAAACUAGAACUAAACUAGAACUGAACUAGAACUUAACUAGAACUGAACUAGAACGGAACUGAAGAAUUGAACAAACCCAGAACUGAACACAAAUUUAACUAGAGCUUAAUUUAUACUUUUGAGAUGAUUGCAAAAUUUUUUGUUUAUUAUUUAAUUCAGCCUUACUUUCUCUUAUUUAA